AUGACUCCCUGGUGUCCCUUGGGGCCCCGCCUCCUGCGGGUGCUUCUGCUGUGCCUGCCGCUGCCGCCCCCGCCGCGGGCGCUCCGCUUCUCGGCCCCCAACACCACGUUCAACCACCUGGCGCUGGCGCCGGGCCGCGGCACGCUCUACGUGGGCGCCGUGAACCGCCUCUUCCAGCUCAGCCCCGAGCUGCGGCUCCAGGCGGUGGCGGUCACCGGGCCGGUCUUCGACAGCCCCGACUGCGUGCCGUUCCGCGACCCGGCCGACUGCCCGCAGGCGCGGCUCACGGACAACACGAACCAGCUGCUGCUGGUGAGCGGCCGCGCGCAGGAGCUGGUGGCCUGCGGCCAGGCGCGCCAGGGCGUGUGCGAGAAGCGCGGCCUGGAGGACGUGGCGCAGGUGCUGUACCAGGCUGAGGACCCCGGCGACGGGCAGUUCGUGGCUGCCAACGCCCCGGGUGUCGCCACAGUGGGCCUGGUGGUGGCCGCGCCGGGCCGGGACCUCCUGCUGGUGGCCAGGGGCCUGGCGGGCAAGCUGUCGGGCGGGGUGCCGCCCCUGACCGUGCGCCAGCUGGCCGGGCCGCAGCCCUUCUCCAGCGAGGGCCUGGGCCGCCUCGUGGUGGGCGACUUCUCCGACUACAACAACAGCUACGUGGCGGCCUUCUCCGACGCCCGCUCGGCCUACUUCGUCUUCCGCCGCCGCGGGGCCCGGGCGCAAGCCGAGUACCGCUCGUACGUGGCCCGCGUCUGCCUGGGGGACGCCAACCUCUACUCCUACGUGGAGGUGCCCCUCGCCUGCCGGGGUCAGGGCCUCAUCCAGGCCGCCUCCCUCACGCCCGGCGCGCUGCUGGCCGCCUUCGCUGCAGGCCCCGGCGGGGCCCGGCCCGCGCUGUGUGCCUUCCCGCUGGCCGAGCUGGACAGCAGCAUGGAGCGCGCGCGGCGCCUGUGCUACACGGCUGGCGGCCGUGGCCCCAGCGGCCUGGAGGAGGCCACCGUGGAGUACGGGGUCACGUCCCGCUGCGUCGCCCUGCCUGCCGACUCCCCGGAGUCAUACCCCUGCGGCGAUGAGCACACCCCCAGCCCCAUCGCUGGCCGUCAGCCCCUGGAGGCCAAGCCCGUGCUGCAGCUCGAGCAGCCCAUCAGUGCCGUGGCAGGCCUCCAGACAGACGGGCAUAUGAUUGCUUUCCUGGGGGACACCCAGGGUCAGCUGCAUAAGGUCUUUCUCAAUGGCUCCCAAGGCCAAGUGUAUCACUCCCAGCAAGUGGGGCCUCCAGGCUCAGCCAUCAGGCCAGACCUGCUGGUGGACAGCAGUGGCCACCACCUCUAUGUCCUGACUGCCCAGCAGGUGGACCGGGUGCCUGUGGCUGCCUGCCCCCAGUUCUCUGACUGUGCCAGCUGCCUGCAGGCUCGAGACCCGCUGUGCGGCUGGUGUGUCCUCCAAGGCAGGUGUACUUCCAAGGGCCAAUGUGGGCGGGCAGCCCAGGCCAACCAGUGGCUGUGGAGCUAUGAGGAUGGCCGCUGCCCGCACGUCCAGAGCUUGCUGCCAGCCCACCGCCCCCGCCAGGAGCAGGGCCAGGUCACCUUGUCUGUCCCCUGGCUGCCCACCCUGGCCAUGGAUGAAUACUUCCAUUGUGCCUUUGGGGACUAUGACAGCUUGGCUCAUGUGGAAGGGCCCCACGUAGCCUGCGUCACCCCUCCCGAAGACCAGCUGCCGCUGAACCCUCCAGGCACAGACCAUGUCACCUUGCCCCUGGCUCUGAUGUUUGAGGAUGUGGCCGUGGCCACCACCAACUUCUCCUUCUACGACUGCAGCGCCGUCCAGGCCUUGGAGGCGGCAGCCCCGUGCCGUGCUUGUGUGGGCAGCCUCUGGCGCUGCCACUGGUGCUCCCAGAGCAACCGCUGCGUGUACGGGGAGCACUGCCCCGAGGGCGAGGACACCAUCUACAGUGUCCAGGAGGUGGACAUCCAGGUGCGUGGCCCAGGGGCUUGUCCCCGUGUGGAGGGCCUGGCCGGUCCCCUCCUAGUGCCUGUGGGUUGGGAGAGCCGUUUGGCCCUGCGUGUGCGGAACCUUCAGCAUUUCGGAAGCCUGCCUGCCUCCUACCACUGCUGGCUGGAGCUGCCCGGGGAACUUCGAAGGCUGCCGGCCUCUCUGGAGGAGAUGGCGGGGGACGUGGGCCUCAUCCACUGCCAGGCCCAGCAGUUCCGCCCCUCCAUGGCGCAGCGGGAGCUCCCGGUGCCCAUCUAUGUCACCCGGGACAAGGGCCAACGGCUGGACAACGCCCGCACUCUCCAUGUGACCCUGUACGACUGCGCCGUGGACCACCCUGACUGCAGCCGCUGCCAGGCAGCCAGUGGGCGUCUGCGCUGCGUGUGGUGCAGCCACGGCCAGCCUGCUUGUCGCUACGGUCCUCUGUGCCCCCCUGGCGCCGUGGAGCUGCUGUGUCCCACUCCCAGCAUUGACACAGUCGAGCCCCUAACCGGGCCCCCCGAGGGUGGCUUGGCCCUCACCAUCCAGGGCUCCAACCUGGGCCGGGACUUUGCUGAGGUACAAGAUGCUGUGAAGGUGGCUGGCCGCCCCUGCAGCCCGGAGCCCUCUCUCUACCGCACCUCUGCCCGGAUUGUGUGUGUGACGGCUCCCGCCCCCAAUGGCACCACAGGGCCCAUCCAAGUGGCCAUUAAGAACCGGCCACCAGGCAUCUCAACCCAGCAUUUCACCUACCAGGACCCCAUCCUGCUGAGCCUGAGUCCCCAGUGGGGCCCCCAGGCAGGGGGUACCCAGCUCACUAUCCACGGGCAGCACCUCCAGACAGGGGGCGACAUCAGUGCCUUCGUGGGUGAACAGCCCUGUCCCAUCCAGGAGCCGGUGUGUCCUGAGUCCAUCGUGUGCCACACCAUGUCCCAGACCAGCCCAGGAGAAGCAGUGGUUCGCGUGGUCUUCGGCCACGCCCAGCGCACGCUGCCCGCCAGCCCCUUCCAGUACACGGCCAACCCCCAGCUCGUGGCUGCCGAGCCGAGCGUCAGCUUCCGGGGGGGCGGGCGGCUGAUCCGCGUCAGGGGCACCGGCCUAGACGUGGUGCAGCAGCCCCUGCUGUCCGUGUGGCUGGAGGCGACAGCAGAGGUGCAGGCGCGGGUAGCCCAGCCCCCGGAUCCCAGCCCAAGGAGGAGCUGCGGGGCCCCUGCUGUGGCCCCCCAGGCUUGUAUCCCGCUCGAGGGGGGCUUGCUGCAGUGCUCCACGGUCUGUUCCGUCAACUCGUCCGGCCUCCUGGUGUGCCACAGCCCCGCCGUGCCAGACGGGGCGCACCCGCGGCGGGUCUUCUUCGCCCUGGACAAUGUGCACGUAGACUUUGCCAGUGCCAGCGGGGGCCAGGACUUCUUGUACCAGCCCAACCCCCGUCUGGCCCCCCUCAGCCGCGAGGAGCCCGCCCGCCCCUACCGUGUCAAGCCGGGCAACGUCCUGGAUGUGGAGGGCCAGGGCCUCAACCUGGGCAUCAGCAAGGAGGAAGUGCGCGUGCACAUCGGCGACGGCGAGUGCCUGGUGAAGACUCUUACACUCACCCACCUGUACUGUGAGCCGCCGCCCCGGGCCCCGCAGCCCACUAACGGCUCGGGGACCCUGCCGCAGUUCGUGGUUCAGAUGGGCAACGUGCGCCUGGCCCUGGGCCCCGUCCAGUAUGAGACCGAGCCCGCCCUGUCUCCCUUCCCUGUAGAGGCCCAGGUGGGCCUGGGCAUGGGCGCCGCAGUGCUCAUUGCCGCCGUCCUGCUGCUCAGCCUCAUGUACAGGCACAAGAGCAAGCAGGCCCUGCGGGACUAUCAGAAGGUUCUGGUGCAGCUGGAGAACCUAGAGAUCGGUGUAGGCGACCAGUGCCGCAAGGAGUUCACAGACCUGAUGACCGAGAUGACCGACCUCAGCAGCGACCUGGAGGCCAGUGGGAUCCCAUUCCUGGACUACCACACCUAUGCCGAGCGCGUCUUCUUUCCAGGGCAUGGCAGCUGCCCGCUGCAGCCCGCCCUCGAGGGGCCCGGGGAAGAGGCCCGCCGUGUCCCUGUGCGCCAGGGCCUCACGCAGCUCUCCAACCUGCUCAACAGCAAGCUCUUCCUCCUCACACUCAUCCGCACCCUGGAGGGGCAGCCCGGCUUCUCCCAGCGGGACCGCUGCCACGUGGCCUCCCUGCUGUCCCUGGCGCUGCAUGGAAAGCUGGAGUACCUGACCGACAUCCUGCGGACACUGCUCAGUGACCUGGCCGCCCACUACGUGCACAGGAACCCCAAGCUCAUGCUGCGCAGGACGGAGACCAUGGUGGAAAAGCUGCUGACCAACUGGCUGUCCAUCUGCCUCUACACCUUCCUGAAGGAGGUGGCCGGGGAGCCGCUGUACCUGCUCCUGCGGGCCAUACAGUACCAGGUGGACAAGGGCCCCGUGGAUGCCGUGACAGGCAAGGCCAAACGGACCCUGAACGACAGCCGCCUGCUUCGGGAGGACGUGGACUUCCGGCCCCUGACGCUGAUGGUGUUGGUGGGCCCCGGGGCCGGUGGGGCAGCAGGGAGCAGCGCCACGCAGCGCGUGCCCGCGCGGGUGCUCGACACAGACACCAUCACCCAGGUCAAAGAGAAGGUGCUGGACCAAGUCUACAAGGGCACCCCCUUCUCCCAGAGGCCCUCAGUGCACGUCCUAGAUCUCGAGUGGCGCUCGGGCCUUGCUGGCCACCUAACCCUGUCCGAUGAGGACCUGACCUCGGUGACCCAGAACCGCUGGAAGAGACUUAACACCCUGCAGCACUACAAGGUCCCGGACGGAGCCACCGUGGGGCUCAUCCCCCAGCUGCACAACGGACGAGCCGUCUCCCAGAGCCUGGCCCAGAGCUGCCCCUUGGGGGAGAACGUUCCCAUGCUGGAGGACGGUGAGGAGGGUGGGGUCCGCCUCUGGCACCUGGUGAAAGCCACCGAGGAGCCAGAAGGAGCUAAGGAACGGCGAGGCAGCCUGCGGGAGCGGGACCGGGAGCGGGCACGGGCCAAGGCGAUCCCAGAGAUCUAUCUCACCCGCCUGCUGUCCAUGAAGGGCACGCUGCAGAAGUUCGUGGAUGACACCUUCCAGGCCAUCCUCAGCGUGAACAGGCCCGUGCCCAUCGCCGUCAAGUACCUGUUCGACCUCCUGGACGAGCUGGCGGGCAAGCACGGCAUUGAGGACCCGGAGACCCUGCACAUCUGGAAAACCAACAGCCUGCUGCUGCGGUUCUGGGUGAACGCCCUGAAGAAGCCACAGCUCAUCUUUGACGUGCGGGUGUCCGACAACGUGGACGCCGUCCUCGCCGUCAUCGCCCAGACCUUCAUCGACUCGUGCACCGUCUCCGAGCAUAAAGUGGGCAGGGAUUCCCCGGUGAACAAACUGCUCUAUGCCCGCGAGAUCCCUCGCUACAAGCAGAUGGUGGAGAGAUACUACUCCGACAUCCGCCAGAGCUCGGCCGCGAGCUAUCAGGAGAUGAACUCGGCGCUGGCUGAGCUCUCCGGGAAUUACGCCUCAGCUCCCCACUGCCUGGAGGCUUUGCAGGAACUGUACAAGCACAUCCACAGGUAUUAUGACCAGAUCAUCAGUGCCCUGGAGGAGGACCCCGUGGCUCAGAAGAUGCAGCUGGCCUGCCGCCUGCAGCAGGUCGCUGCCCUGGUGGAGAACAAGGUGACUGACCUGUGAGCGCCGAACCCCACGGACACCUGAGGCCCAGCAACCCCGGCAGGAGCAAGCAGGAGCCCCCACCGCAGUGCCUGAGGACCCCCAGACGGAGCCAGCAGCUGAGGAGGGGCCGGCGAAGAG